CGACCGACAAGCAGUCCCUCGCUAUCGCCUGACCGCUUAGCUUGCCCGCGACGCUUUCUCAGAACCAGUCUGUGUGUCAGUUUCGAGAGACGCACAUAUACACUAAACACUCUGUAUACUGUUCACAACGUAUAAAAAUUACAAUUAAUGUAUUUUAAAUAAAAUUACAGUCUCCAAUUUGCUAUCUAGCGUGCUGUUCUAUACAACGACACAAAUUUGCAAGGUGUCUGAAUUGCUUUUUACAGUGAACCAAAAAUAUUUUUCCAAGUGCGUCCGAAGAACGUCUAGGACACCGCCGGGAGUUUGAAAUUUCGUAAACAUACUUGGAGUACAUUAUUUUGCUGUGGAAAUUUUUUGUUCAGCCAAUACCGUAACGAUAGCUUUCUGCCUGGUUUCUUAAUUUUUGGUAAAACACCGGAUUAAAUAGUUCUGGAAUGCGUGCUUAAUUUUUGUUUGGUGGUUAGUGAUUUUGCUGGAGCCGGUGCUGCUGCAAAAACCGUUUCGUCUGGAUUUCUUAUACCGCCACCGAAGAAGUUAUCUGAAGACACCGGACUUGCAAUAUGCGCUAGAACCGACAAUCGCUUCGCUUUGCCUACCCGCUUCUCUGCAAAUUAUUACUCCGUUCAGAAGCUUUUCUAUACCCGCCGACCCAUCAGUAACAACGUCAAUACAGAAAACACAGAACAAAAGAGUACAAGAACGCAGUGACCCAAGAUUAUUUUUAUAUCACUCUCUAACAGUUUUAAGUAACGUUCGUUAACGACUCGUUGUGUUGUUCUUAAAACAAUUUUUCGAAAGGAUGGACAAUAAUUCCACCUGACUUGAUUUUGUGAACCAUAACUAUAUUUGGAGUGAAUCGUUGCGCUUCGUCCAGUGUUUCUCGCGUCCAAUUUGUACGAAUUAUUGACAAAAAGGCCUUCGCGCAAUGGCAAUGGUUAACAUGAAUAAUUUACUUAAUGGCAAGGACUCCCGCUGGCUUCAGCUUGAAGUCUGCAGAGAAUUCCAAAGGAACAAAUGCUCGAGACCGGACACCGAGUGUAAAUUUGCACAUCCACCAGCCAACGUCGAGGUCCAAAACGGCCGCGUGACGGCGUGCUACGACAGUAUUAAGGGUCGCUGCAACAGAGAAAAACCCCCAUGCAAGUACUUCCACCCUCCACAACACCUCAAGGACCAACUUCUUAUAAAUGGUAGGAAUCACUUGGCGUUAAAAAAUGCACUUAUGCAACAAAUGGGUCUAACGCCCGGACAGCCUUUGGUUCCUGGUCAAGUUCAGGCAGUGGUGGACUCAACAAUAGACAGCCUUCCUUUGACCUUCUUCCCAAAUUUCUCUAUGUCAAUAGACGAACAGUACGCAUUGAUGGCCACAAACCCCUACCUGACUGGAAUGCCACAGGUUGGCAGUACAUAUAGUCCAUAUUUUGCUCCGGGUCCUAUAAUGCCUACGAUUAUGGGGCCGGAUCCUACCGGAGUCGGGUCGCCUUUGGGUGUAGUUCCACAAACAGUUGUAGCACAACAAAAAAUGCCUCGUUCCGAUAGACUUGAGGUGUGCCGCGAAUACCAGCGCGGGGCGUGCAAGCGAGCAGAGUCAGAAUGUCGCUUUGCGCAUCCCGCUGACUCUGUAACUGCCAACGAGGACGGCACUGUCACUGUCUGCAUGGAUGCAGUCAAGGGCCGCUGCAACCGCGACCCCUGCCGCUAUUUCCACCCCCCUCUGCACCUCCAAGCCCAAAUCAAGGCCGCACAGUCGCGGGCUAGCGCGCCCGCUGCCGUCUCGCCCUUGCUGGCGCCCCCCCAGGCAACUGCCGCCCUCGAAAUCGGCAAGAAGAGGCCCCGUGAGCCUAGCACCGCCGACACAGAUCUAUUACUGAUGGAUAUGAAAUCUGUUGGGUCAUUUUAUUAUGAUAGUUUUGCCUUCCCGGCCAUGAUGCCGUACAAGAGGCCAGCGGCGGACAAAUCCGGUGUUCCUGUGUACCAACCAAACGCAACCACUUACCAACAACUGAUGCAGUUACAGCAGCCAUUCGUGCCCGUGUCAUGUGAGUAUUCGGUCUCCCCAGCUCCGAAUCCCACCACCUCCUGCGCUUCUCCUGCUGCUCCUCCUCAAUCACAGCAGGAAAUCACAGCAGCAACAACAACGGUGUCGCAACCAGCCAAGGAGAACGAGGUUUCCAGCCCCGUCUCCUCGACUGCUUCGUCUGCACCCCCAACCACCCUACCAUCUCUGCCUCUGCCUCAACCUACUGCCAUACCAGAUCCCGCAGCUCUUGCUAAGGAGGUCGCUCAACAGAAUUACGCCAAAGCCGUUAAACUAGCCGCCGUAAGUCAGUCGUUAGCUGCAGGCCAGCUGAACCAACUCAACCCCCUGAACUACACGGGGGUCGCCUUGAACAAGCAAGCGCUGACUGUGCCCCCUCCUGCCUUGACGCGUUACCCAACCGGCGCCCUGCCGUUCGGCUUGGGCACGGCGGGCCUGAACCUGGGUUUUGCGAACCCUUAUUCGAUGGCCCAGCAAAAUUUGUUGAACAUUUCGCGCCCGCCGCCGGCGAUUAUUAACCCCUAUUCGAUUAUCCGAACUUCUUAUCCCACUGCGAACUCAACCCCUCUCUUGGGCAGUGGCCUCUUGGGCACGCAAUACCCUGUCACUGUUUCUGCACCGCCUAUGACGACAGUCACCGCAAGCGCUAACAUAGCCGCCGCCGCGGCGCAAAAUAACAAUAACGUGGUCAUUCAGCCUUAUAAGAAACUCAAGACUACAUAAUUUUUAACCAGUUGCUCGUCCUAGUUUUCAGUGUUAAUUUUGUGGAAUAUUUUGGCUGUGGAUAUUGCCAUGUAAAAUUGAACGAUGUUAAAAACAUUUGCAUUUUAUUGUUUGUCGCAGUGAUAUCUUAAUUUACGUUAUGUGUAUAUUUAAUUGUGUUAUCUAAAUUGUGGUUUUAAUUGAAUAAAUAAGUGUAGUUAUACCAAAUUGGAUGAAAGAUUGUAAAAUCUAGUCAGCACGCGAUCGUGAUUUCUAGCAAGGGUGAUGCUGUGAGCGACCCCCGGACCAAAAGCGAGUGCCUGAAUACUGUGAUACCCUCACACCUGCUGCUUGCACCGCUAAGGUAACAUCCCUAUCCCCGUACAACACAAUAAUUUCUUUAGUAUUUUAAAAUACUUGCGAGCAGACAUAGUCUGUUUUGUUUUGUAACAGGAUUUUAUUUUUGGAAAUGUACUUGUUAGACCUAAUGCAUGAAAAAUGAUGGGUAUUGAUAAACUAUUUGAGAGCCUAAUUGAGUCGCAUGGUAGAUAAGCAUUAUAUUUGUUUAGAGACUAGAAGGUGCCAUCUCCGUAGGACAACUGUAUCUGUAACUGACCCAAAAAGACACUAGCUCUGGCUGGUUAUUGCCUUUUACGUUAUAUUUAUCUGUGUUGACUUCCGAUUAUGCAUGGAGCUUCUCUUUGAUUCGUGUAUUGCAUGUGGUUCCGUUUGAUAAAUGUUAUCAGACUUGACUUUUCUUUUGUGCUGGAGUUCUCUUUUUGGGUUGGGUAUAUUUUUGUGAGCAAGCACCGAUCCAGCUUCUCAUUUAAUGAAAUAUUUAUUAUAAUCAACCUACCAUCGCCCAAAGGGGCCUAGCUAUUAUUGUUUUGUCUUCCUGGAUUUGAUCUCGAAGCACAAAAUGUAGUUGUUUGUCGUCUGUUUUUUUAUAGUUAACUGUCUUGGAUGCGGAACUAAUAUUUGGUUGUCUCUAGUCUUUGCCUUGCUUUGAUACAACAGCAAUCUAUUUUAGUUUGGUUUUUACAAAUUUUAUUCGUACAACGAAGUGUCUUAUUCAAAUAGUUGUUUUUGUUGUGCUAAAUAUUUGUGCCGUCUCACAAGAUAAUAUAUUAUAUAUGAAUAUGUAGUUCUGAAUAGGAUAAAGUAGUAGUUCUUUGACGUAUUAUAUAUUUGGUAACAUACCCUUUAAUGUGUCUUAUUACUUAGCAUUUAAAACGGUUUCACUUGUACCACAAUGUAUAGGGUACAUAAUAAUAUUGUGAUGCAUGUAAUAAUAAUAAAAGUAUUUGUCGAUUAAGUAUUUACAAAAUAAUACAAGUAUAUUUGCAUUUUGAAGUAGAAUUUUAUUUGCUUCUGAGGAUUAUGAUAAUUGACAGGUUAGAAAUAUUCAAUACUCUGUAAGCUAGAACGUAGACUUGUUAUUGUUUAAUAACAGCUUUGUUGGGCAGUACGAGUAAAUUCUAACUUGUAGCUGCACCACUCUGCGUAAUCAGCUGCCAGCUAUAUGAAGUUAUUAAAAUACUGUAGUGCCUUUUAGGCUGCUGAUCACGCUUGGCUAAGGUGUGGGUCACAUUUGCCAUCAAGUGCAACAAACCUUUCAUAUUUAUAUUACCACUGUGUACUGUUUAUGUUCUAAUCCUGAGGUGUAUGUAUUAUUUAUUACCGCUAUUAUUUGUAAUAAUAAUGCUUGAAAAUGCA